GCGAUCGGUGUAGAAUGGGGCGGCCCGUCUCUCGCCGACAUGUAGCUGGAUCACACCAGUGCAAACGGUGGAUGUGGUGCACCCAAAAAAGCCCAUAUCCUAUCCCGGUAUGCUCGCAGAGCAGCUGCGUCAUGCAGACUCUGCUGAAUCUCCCACACAAACUCGUCAAACCGGAGGUGAAAGUCUACAUCUUCCGUCCCACGGCCCCGUCGGAGAAUCCACCGCGCUACUUCGUGGUUCCACUCUUGCGAAACCCGACGGAGAGCGAGGCGAAGCUGGUCCCUGCCAUCCAACAUCUGAUCACGGAGUGCUACUAGACGGGAUAGGCACCCUCCGAAUCGCUGCUCUGGGAGAUCGCCACCCUGGAUAGAGAGGGAUAUCAGAGUUCCCCGAUUCGAAAUCGUGGUCCCGCCACGCUCGAUGCCAACUAGACAGUCAUGUAUCAGUGCAGAAGCGAUCUCGACAAAACUGUUCGUGGGGUCUUCAAGUGGUGUUACAGAACUGUAUCCGGCCAUGCCAGAUUUGCCGCAGGUUGUCGUCUUUUUAAGGGACCCAUAACAAAAGC